AUGGUUGCUAAAGCUCUUGAACCUUUCACCAUUGGCUCUUGGACCAUUUUAAUCAUUUGGAAAUUUCACCAAGGGCUUUAUAUACAAGGCUGCUUGACAGCUGCUCUUCUGAUUGUUAUUGCAUUUCCUUAUCGGAGGAAUGGCGAAAUUGUAAGCUGCAAAUACCGGGAUAUAAACAAAAGAAAAAGAUUUUGGCAGGAAAGUGACACUGAAAGGAUAUUGUAUGGAUUGGAUGAUAUAACGGGAGCAAGUGAUAUAAUUAUUGUAAUCUCAAGUCUCUUAAAUUUUCCUCUUUAUAGAAGCACUUAAGGAU